CUAGCGAUUCCACUUCCUCGCACAAGAAUUUAGCACUUUUUCUGGGUCCUGCACGAAAAUUGCUACGCCCUUCAACUUCCGUGGAUCCAACGCUGAGACCCUCGCACUUUCACUCCUCACGACCAACCGCCAACACAGCCAGUCAAUACCGUCAAAAUGGGCAGAGGACCUAAGAAGCACCAGAAGCGCCUGAGCGCCCCCUCGCACUGGCUCCUCGACAAGCUGUCGGGUGUCUAUGCCCCCAAGGCUUCUGCCGGUCCCCACAAGGGUCGCGAUGCUCUGCCUCUGAUCAUCUUCAUCCGCAACCGUCUCAAGUAUGCGCUCAACUACCGCGAGACCAAGUCGAUCCUCAUGCAGCGCCUCAUCAAGGUCGACGGCAAGAUCCGCACCGACAUGACCUACCCUGCCGGCUUCAUGGAUGUCAUCACCAUUGAGAAGACUGGCGAGAACUUCCGUCUCAUCUACGACACCAAGGGCCGCUUCGCCGUCCACCGCAUCCAGGCUGAGGAGGCCGAGUACAAGCUCGGCAAGGUCAAGCGUGUGCAGCUCGGCAAGGGCGGAAUCCCAUUCUUGGUUACGCACGAUGCUAGAACUAUCCGCUACCCUGACCCUGCCAUCAAGGUCAACGACACCGUCAAGAUUGACCUGUCCACUGGCAAGAUCUCUGACUUCAUCCACUUCGACACUGGUGCCAUUGCCAUGGUCACCGGUGGUCGCAACAUGGGUCGUGUUGGUGUCAUCACUCACCGUGAGCGCCACGAUGGUGGUUUCAACAUUGUCCACAUCAAGGAUGCCAUUGACAACAGCUUCGCUACCCGUGAGAGCAACGUCUUCGUCAUUGGCUCUGAGAAGCCGUGGGUUUCCCUGCCCAAGGGCAAGGGUGUCAAGCUCACCAUCGCCGAGGAGAGAGACCGCCGCCGAGCUCACAACCUGGCUGGCCACUAAAUGCUGGCUGCCGGCUCUUGUCCGUUGGUUUGAUUGAUGAAGCAAAAAAAGGGAAACAAAACUUGGGAAAUGGUUGAUUUUUCACGCAUGGUCCUGGAGUCUACGGUAUAUCCGUUCGUGCCUGUCAUGAACAUGAGACAAUGAAAAAAAGAAGUAAAAUUGUCAAAUGAGAUCGAUGCCUGCCCCUCACACAUACACAGACCGUGCCUGUUCUGCUGUGAUGUUAAAAAGUGAAUUUGGAAAUGAGCCACGACCCGACGAGUUUCUUUCGUGGCGGUG